CAACAUGUAUGUAAAACCUGGUCAGCAUAUUAAUAUGAACAUAAUAUAGUCUAGAUAAGUGUGUUUAUUAUGACAAGUUAUUGGUAUCUACAGUCUGUCGGAUUAGAUAUGAAACAUGGAAUCAGAUAGAUAACAGAAAGUGUCCAAUGCCAUUAAACUAGUAUAGAAGAAUUAUAUCCAGAUGUAAGUGCUCCAUUGAAAAUAGAGACUUUUAGUGCUUCUACAUAAUGAGUGACCAUAAUAUUUAUACAGGCAGGAAGCGCAUGAACAGCUGCCAUCUUCACAAACCUCGCAAGAAAAUUCGGAAAAGACGAGAAAGAGAUACUUUAGCAGACGCCAUAAAAUCUUGCAUUCCUAAUCUAACAGCCGAUGUUACAGUGCACGAGAUUGAAGAUAGCGCUAUUGAGAAUGGAUGUAUUACAGAGGAUGACCGUAGGCUGAUAUACAAAAGUGACGACAGAAAAAAGCAAGUGCGGUCUGUCGUGCUCAUCAUAACUAAAAGAAGUUACGAAACAAUGAUCAAAUUUCUUGAUGCUCUUAAACCUGCUUACCCCGACCUUUCCAAACAAAUAUGGCACCAUUAUGAGAAAGGUCUCAGGUUGAGACCGAAGCAUAUAAUUUCCAGACGGUGCCCAAUUUGUCAGUUAAAGAACAGCGUUGAUGUGGAGAUUAUCAUAGACGUGUUAUUCAGCAAGAAUAUCAUAAAUGAGCAUAUUUAUGGAAGUAUAAAUUCAAGUAACAAAAGCGUCGGCCAACAAGAUGAAUUAUGGGAAGCUGUACUCGAGUCAUGCUUCCAACAAAAUGUAGCUGAGUUUUUGCUUGAAUUACUAGAUGGAACAGGACAUUACUCGCACAUUACCAGUAGUCUACGGAAACUGUUUAAAAAUAAUAAUUGCUUUCAAAGUUUCUGUACAUGCUCAAGCUAUAAUUUGGUCAUAACACAAAGCAAAAACAGGACAUUUUCAAAUGAUAGCAAUACGUCAUACUACCCACGAGAAAGUUCAGAGUCUGUGAUAAGCAGCGAUGUGGACCUCGCGAGUGAGCCAGAGAUUUGCCAUAGGUCUUCCGUUUCUAGCCGAGAACAAGAAGAUACACACUUUUUUCCAGAAAUAACAGUAGAGAAAAGCACAUGUGAUAUACAUGACCCGCUAAUAAACACCUGUAUGCAUCACCAAAGUCCAGUCGCAGAGGUAAAUGAACGCAAAAUCGCUAUACCUGAUGCAUCGUUUACCAUUCGCCCGGAUACCAUUCAAAAUACAACUACUGAAAACGUCAAAAAGGAAUACGUGCGCAUGUUAUCGUCACCAAUGCAUGGCAAUCCAACAAAUUUAAUUUCUGACGCAAGGAAACCCAAACGGUUUAAAAGUAUCGUGAAUUCUGCAAUGGUAAAAUUGAGGGUUGUUAAAAGAUUCAUGAAUAAAGGCCAUUCCGAAGGAUUAUCAAAGAACAAUACACCAGAAAGUGUACUAGUAUGUGAAACAGAACUGUAAACCACAGUUUGUGAAUAAAUCAUUUACCGUGGUAACUUUUUAAAAAGCAAACCAUUCUUCAGUGAAUUCUUGUUGACAGACAUCCAUAAAUACAUAUUUUGUAGUACACCAAAUGCACAGACUAUGGUAUACCUUCAGCAAAAUAAUUACAAUUUCAAUUAUUGAUAGGUACUUUGUUUAGCGAUACAUAUAUCUCAAGAGAUGAUUUGCUUUAAGAUUUGUGUUAAUGGUUUAAGUGCUGUGUUUAAGCGACUGUCGAGGAUUUCAUAUUAAACAUGACAAUCAUUUCAACAUUCACGUAGGAUGCAAAAGAUGACUGACACCACAUUACAAUAUAUCUUUAAAAGUGCCAUGUAACUCUGAUUUGGACUGACAUUACCUUCUUCCAUUGUUGCGGAAGAAUUUUUAAGCGAAAUAAAAAUCUGGCGUAGGACAAAGACACUUUUCCUUGGUGUAACGUACAUGAAUUAUAGGAAAAUCAUUUUCCAUCAUAAAUAGGUAAUAUAUUUAGGCAAACAGCUUAAAAUAUUAACAUUGGAAUUUAAGGAAAUCGAAAUAUUAUAAAAUAUAUUUGAUCGUUUUUCAUUCUAGCACUUGUAUAUGUGUUAUAUACUAUGACGAUUUGAUAAUCUGAUGUUUUGGAAUAUUUCCUAACACAUCAGCUAAAAUGAAUUUCAAUAUAUUAAAGUUUUGUCAAAUAUGCAUUCGUUUAAUUUAUGUUAUAACGAUUGCGAAUAUAUAUAAAUGUGUUUCGUGUAUUCUUAACACGACAACAUGUAUAGUGAUCGUCUAACUGCACU